AUGCGGACAAAUCAGCAUGGAACAGGACCAAAGACUGACGACAGGGUAGAAACACAAGUCAUUUUAAAGUACAUGUGCCAGCCGUUCCCGGAUAGAAAGAUGCCCACAGGUGAUGUGGAUGCUGACUACGAAUAUCACACCAUUCGAAAUGGUCAAACAGCCACUUCUAACACAUUUGCUGACCAUUCUCCGGAGUCACAUCAAAUUUCGAAACAUAACGGACUUCAUGAGCUGCACAAUUACUAUCAAGCUUAUUAUCGCAGAUAUAGAAAUAAAGGUAAGAUUUCUGUUUCUCUCUCUCCUUCUCUCUGUGCCUCUACCAAUCUUAGUUUAGUAUUUGUAAGGUCUUUACCCAAGGGAACAGUUACUGUGGCAACCAUCUUACAAGGCAAUAUUGCUUUCUAUCUCUCUCUUUCUCUCUGUGCCUGUAUCCAUCAAUCUUAGAUUAGUAUUUAGAAGGUCUUUACCCAAAGGGAACAGUUAUCGUAGCAACCAUCUUACAAAUCAGAAAGGUAUAAAUGCAUCAAGAAAUUUAGUAAUUUGUGUUUCAAAACACCAAAUCUGCGUGAAAUAAAUUGUGUUGUACAAAGAAUCGAUAUGUGUUCAGUAACAGAGAAUAUUUUUAUCCUUCACAGGUUUGUUCACCGCUGACCAACCGCUUGCUGGCGAUUUAUCAAUUUACACACGACAGAAUUGUCAAGGUACCAUAAGGGGCGUGGACGUCCCCGAAGAACGCGAUUACUAUCCGUACAGGGGACCCACACCAUAA